AUGCUUCUUAACAAGGGUGCAGACAUUAAGACAGUUGAUAAAGAUUGGCGGACAUCACUUCAUGAUGCUGCCCAAUCUAGCUCCCAAUAUGUAUCAUCGAUUAUAUCGAGACUUGUUAGCAAAGAUGCAAACGUUAACGCAAUUGACAAAGAUGGACGAACACCACUUCAUGAUGCUACUCGAUCUGGCUCUAAAUAUGCAUUAACGAUUAUUAAGGUUCUUGUUGAAGAAGGUGCAGACGUUGAUGCAGUUGACAAAGAUGGACGGACACCGCUUCAUUAUAUUGCUCAAUCUGGCUUUGAAGAUGUACGAUCAGUCAUAACGAUUUUUAUGAAUAAGGGUGCAGACAUCAAGAGAGUUGACAAAGAUGGACAGACACCCCUUCAUGAUAUCACUCAAUCUGGCUCUAAAGAUGCAUUAUGCGUUAUUGAGAUGCUUAUCAACCAGGGUGCAACCAUCAAGACAGUUGAAAAAGAUGGACGGAUAACGCUUCAUGAUGCCGCUCAAUCUGAUUCAGAAGAGAUAGUUCUGCGUUCACUAUCACCUACAGGGUUUUUUAAGGUUGAUGGAGAGAUUUCCUGGAAUGGCUUGGACACCUAUGAUUGCGAAGGCAUUAUAUAUAGGUGGUAUGGUAGUCUUAUGAUAAUAAGAGUUGACUCUCAAGCUCACUGUUUCAUAGCAAGAUCUGUCUCAGAGAUUCUGGAUCAGUUUUACCCAGGUUUUGGAUUGGAGAUCCUGAACUGGAUUGUGGAGCUCUGUAGAUCAUCCCGGGUGCAGGGUGGAUAUCCUUCACAAGCUGAGGUAUAUGGGUUGUCCGAACAAUACGUCUCAACGGUCGUGGCAGGCUCGAUCUUAGCUGAGGGAACAGAUUUCACUUCAGUUCAGCAUAUGAAAAUGGGGGCCGUUGCAUUUGCCAGGAUCCGAGGUAACCUUCGUCGGACGAAAUUGUCAUGGACAAUAUCCUCGAAUUCCAGGAACUUUGCAUUGAACGUCAAAGCUGCUCUUAUUUGGACGUUAUCUGCCUUGCAAAGUAGGCCGCUGGGUCUGAAAGGGCUUUUUCCUUGGAAGGCAGCAUCUUCGGAUUUCGAGCUGCCUAAUAUCCGUCCAUUCAAGCCAACUAGAACCGAGUCCUAUUGCUGGACAGAAAUGUUUAACUAUGCCUGCAUCGCCCACUCUCCUUCAGAGCGGUACUUGCACCAUCCUGGAAUAGAAGGCCUCAAGAUAGAAUUUAAUCUUCUUCUUGAGUUGGCUGCUGUCGAUCGGGAGAUACUCACAAAGGAUGGUGUUUUAUUAUUUGGCUUUGAUACAGCUCUCAUCCCGCUGGAACCCCCAGAAAGCAGACUUUGGCAUUUCUUGCUGACUAAGGGGAGGCAAAUCACACCUGGACGUGUGAAGAGAAAUUUUGUGGGCAGUCGAUUCCGAGGCGAAGUAGGCCCCGAAUACCGAAAUGGAUAUGUCCAUGUUGGUUGGUGCGUCACUCCUGUUGUUACAAUCGGCACCGUGGAGUCAGAUACGACUCCAGCUGACCACAUCAGCAUGUCUUCUGGUGUGCUAACCGUUAAAAAGCUUGAAGAAUCUGCGGAAAGAGCUUCAAGCAAUGACGUGUCAUUUUUCGCCCGCCUUGGUCUCCUGGGAUCCAGUGCUGGCGUGUCUGGCGGGAGGAAAUGGGAGAAGAAGUUCAAGCAGGCCACUGUUAUCACCAGACGCACAAGGAAGGGGAACUUUGAGCGUGUUCUGGAUUCAGCCACAGCUACACCUUGCAUACUAUGGGAUGAAACUGCUCGUAGAGCCUGGCUUGUCUCUGCUGUCUCGGUUUUGCUUUUUGCAUCACUGCGCUACAUUAGAUGGAAAAGAAUCUCAUUCAAGAACGGGCAAGCAAACGGACAGGUUGGCGCAGCCACAAUUCGCUACGCGACCCAAUCGUCGAAUACCACAAGCUCCGCUCUAUCUGCUUUACGUGAAAACCAAAUUUUACUAAUAGACAAAGCCGAUAACGUAAGGGUCAACGAUGAAAUAAGAUUUGGGGACAUUGUAACACAAACAUGGUUCGAGAUGGCAGACGCUGACGAUGUGUGUUUCAACGACACAACCGGAAACAGGCAUGAGAUAAAGGAACACCUGGUUGGUUACAAUUUGAACGAAGCAAUUUGUGGAAUGAGAAAACAGCUAAGGUCGCUACUGAUCGAAGGGUCUAUCAAAAGCUGGCAGGCUCUUGCUGAUGCGAAGGACUCGCAGGUCAUAUUUUGUAAAAACGCAGGCGAACUGUUCAGAUGCCACUCAUCUGCUGGAUCUGAUCUAUGUUACCUACAAGAAUGCCCGAAAGGUGCUCUAAGUUGUCUUUUCCAGGAUUUGAGGAGGUUUUAUGGCGAACGUUGGGACUGUGUCUCUGAUUCAUCCAAUCGGUUGACAGAGAUGAGAGGACUUCCAAUUGGAAAUGACCACGAAUGGAUUCCCCACGGCUAUAAGCCUAAUUUUUGCGGUCAAAACAGACUCUGCACGAAAAGUCUGCAGUCCAUAACUCCGAAUGAGGUGAAUGAGAAAAAGAUCAAGAAGAAGACUUCUCAGAGCAUUGUUCGGGAUGGCAUAUGCGAUAUUUCUCUGAUGUUUCCGGCGCAAGACGAUCCUACCAUCAUCACUUUUGGGUUUCUAUCUAGUCCGAUGGUAAAGUCGAAGACGCAACGAAGAGCCUUCUUGCCCAUGCUCGGCGCUGUGGCAGGGUAA